UAGGGAUCCGAGAACCCUUCAUAAAGAAAAGGAAAAAAAGGAAGAAAAAAAAACAUUGCUGUUGCAGUUGAAGCUAUUCAAGCAUUGGGCAACUUUGCUAUGGAUCUGAGAACCCAUUUUUCGGCAAGAUGUCGCUUCUUAUUGCCUCUACUAUUGGAGAAAUUGUAGGAGAAGAAACCUACUUCAACUGAGGCCCUUACCCAUACUCUUCAGGCAAUGCCUAAGUCCAGAUGCUUGAGUGUAAAUGACACUGUUGAAGCUAUGAAGGUGGAAGUGAAAAACAAAGUUCGUCUUGUAAGAUCGAUGACGUUGAGCUGUGUUACAUUCUGUAUUGAAACAGUAACAGAGCGACCAUACUUAAGGUUCACGAGGAAUAUGUUCCCAUAUGCAUGGAGAUUGAUCUGCAUGGAUUAUCAGGCCCUUAAUGAUGGAACACCUGAUGUGAGGAAUGCAGCUUUCUCAGCUUUGGCGGCUAUUUCCAAGAUGGUUGGCAUGAGACCUUUGGAAAAGUCUCCAGAAAAAUCUGGAUGAUGUCAGA